AUGGGCGUAAUCACGGUUGCAGAAGAAGGGCGGAUCUUCGGCCAAAUGAGGCUCGAAGCUUUACUGCGACUUUCCUGGGAGGGUGAGUACUUCGGCGUGGGCAUGCUCGAAGAGCUGGCUGAGAUGUAUCCCCAGCAUUCUGAGAUACUUACGGCGUGCGCAAACAUGGAGUGGUUCAACAUCGGCUACUGUAAGAAAUUCUGCGACGAUGCCAAGAUGGAGAUCACCGACACUCACGCCGAGGCGGUAAUUCGUAUGGGGGCUGCCAUGGCCCGUCGGACCUUGCGCACGUUCGAGUUGGCCGCCAAGCUCAUGAUCGUCGAAACUCCCGCGGCAAUCAUGCUGUACAGUCGACUCAAGACAGUUGGGGGUACGCCCGAGCUGAAGGCCCUUGCAGAUGACCUCAUUGAGCAUGAGAGCGUUAUGCGCGACUGGUUCAAGUCGGAACUUGACGGAGACUCGGAUGGAGGCAGAGGAGUCUUUGCGUACCUUGAGCGCCAUGGCAUCAACCGGACGGAGGCGGUGACCCCUCGCCCGCGCAAAGUCAAGAAAGCCAGCCCUAAACUCUAA